UGUUCGAGCACAUCAAGGAUCUUGUGGAAGCAGAUGAUUCGGGUCCAAGGGCGUGGAAACUACUACGCGAUGUGAUUCAGCCCAACACUCUCCCGAUGUAUCGAGCCGCCGAUAGUUCUGUCAGGUUAUCCCGUGGUUACCAGCAGCCAUGGCAACGUUCAUCGCCGUGCAACGAGGCCCACAAGUCUCGCCAUCGCUCUCUAAGUCGUGCCUCACACCGCACGCAUCCCGCCUGUCGUGUUGCGUCGCCUUAGCCUCCGCGCGAUCACCUGCGAUCAGAUGUCGCACCCAAUCGCAGCGAGCCUUUUCCUCGCCACAGCCACAGCCGGCUCGGACGUCGAGGCGCUCUGUGCUAGCGGCGGCAGCGGCGGAGGGAAGGGCCGCGGGGAAGGAUGGGGGGGAAGCGACGACGGGGUCGGAGGGCGAGCUGUCGGCGGAGGAGGCGCAGGAUCUGCGCGACAUCCAGGACAUCCUCGAGACCAUCGAGCUGCUCAAGGAGCGCCGGGACAUGACGGUGCAGGAGAUCCGGCUGGUGCUGAUGAUCGAGGACCCGCGCGAGGCGGAGCGGCGGCGGCAGAUGGGCAUCGAGAACGAGAGCGGGUGCUCCCGGGACGAGAUCGCCGACGCCUUCCUCGAGGUGUGUGAGGAUCGCGUGCCGGCGGACCGCAUGGUGCUGAGGAAGCUGGCGCAGGACAUGCGCGAGUGGCCCCGGCUCAGGGAGGAGCCAGCCCCCGAGGACGCAGUGGGAGCGGGCGGGGGCCGUGCGUCGCCGUACGCGCAGAUCACGGACGUGGGGCUGCAGGGCGGUGCAGCCGCCAACCGCCCCGCCUCGCCUUUCUCCCCUCCGGCCACGGCAGCGGGCGUGGGGGCGUCGUCCUCGGCGAGCGAGUGGGACGCGGUGGUGGAGCGCGUGGCCAAGGCGGCGGAGAAGCAGGCGGACGAGGAGAAGGACCUCAGCAGCAAAGUGCCGCCCUGGGUGGGCUACAGUGUGCUGUACGGCAUCAGCAUCGUGCCCAUCAUCAUCGGAGUCAUCGUCGUUGUCAUCCUCUUCCUCAACUCACUGCAGUAGCACAUCUCGUUGCGGCGCCCUCUACACCUCUAGUACUGUUUUGCCCUCGCACUCUCAAAGCAACUCAAUUACCAAUAAGUUCCUGUAACUGAAGCAGUAGGUUAGGCUAGGUGGGUGGGUGGGUGGUCUAUCCGUUUGUGCCCUCUUCUCUUGCUGCUUAACAUCUACCCCUCCCAAGUUUCUGGUGUUUAUCAAUUUCUUU